ACAAAAAUAUAGAUGAUACUGAUGAAGUUAGCACAAGUAACACUGUGGAAGAUAACGAAACAAAUGUGUAUAAAGCUGUGAAAGAUACAGAAGUUAAUGUGAAAAAUUAUUUUGAUGAAGUAUAUCGUGGUUGUGUAGAUUUAGAGGACUUAAAUACGAAUUCUGAGAUGAUUACGAUAA